GGUCGUAAACACUUUGUUAACAAAAAAAAUACUUAUCUUUUAAGACAACGUUUAUCAAGUUAUCGACCAAGAAAAGGAAAAAAAAGGGGUGACCUGAGUUUUUUCAACACAACACAAGGAAUGGCCCGAUUUUUCAAAACUGUGACAUGUAUGUUUUUGGUUUUAGCUGCGGUUGUUUUCGCAGAGGACUAUGAUGUUGGUGAUGAUACCGAAUGGGCGAGACCUAGCGAUCCUAAGUUCUAUGAUACAUGGGCUGCCGGUAAAACGUUCCGUGUAGGCGACGAGCUUGAAUUUGAUUUCACCGCUGGGAGGCAUGAUGUGGCUAUUGUAACAAAAGAUGCAUAUGAGAAUUGCGUGAAAGAGAAACCUCUCAGCGCCAUGAUGACUCCUCCGGUCAAAAUUGUGCUAAACACAACAGGACCACAAUACUACAUCUGCACCUUCGGUGACCAUUGCCGCUUUGGUCAAAAACUUUCCAUCAACGUAGUUGGUGCUGGUGGUGCUACCACCCCAGCUGCUGGAGGAACCACUCCCACCACCCCAGGAGCCGGGACUACUACUACUACAACACCUAAGGCUGGAAGUGCCGCUUCCACAUUAGGUGGUGCCUCUAUUUUGGUGGCCUUUGUUUCUGCUUUUGUUGCUCUCUUUUGAGUUAGAUUCGAUCGAUCGGAGUACUGAGUAUGUGUUUGUUUUAGCUUGGUAUACGUACGUACGUAGUUUAACAAUCAUGCAUUUUCUUUAUGGGAAUAAAACUCGUCUUCAUUCAGGUCAUUGUAGAGACAUAUGAUAGCUAGGUUAUAUAAAUUUAAGAUUGAUUUUCGUUUUUCACAUCAUCGAUAUAUAUCUUAUUAUUUCAUGGAAAGAUGUGUCAUCUUCUUGAUCCAGGUUUUAACAACUUUGCCUUCUAAAUAUAUCAAUCACUCACGAAUCUGAAACAUUAACUGAUUGUGAACUCAAGUUUAUAAAUUUUAUUGAACAUAUAUACACGUUCGACUUUUUCAA